CGAAGGAGCAGCGAAGAUGCAGAUCACCGAGCGUUUCACUAUGUUUUUCGUCGUGGCUGUGGGUAAGUUCUUCUUUCACCACCUGAAAUGAAAUCAUUACGUUUUUAAAAUCAACUUCGUUAACUUGGUCAAAGAUUUUUUUUUGAUAAUCAGCUAUAAAAUACCCACUGGAGGCGAUUUAUUUUAAUCUAGUUUCGGAAGUUUUGCCUUAUUAUUUUAUUUUCAACUUCUGCUACGCGUUGUUUGAAGAAAGGAUGUUGCGAUCUUUAGCUGUUACGCAGAUACAGUGAUGUCAACUGUAUUGAGCAGAAGGGGGUGAUGCCUUUGAAUAUUGACCCCAGAAAGAGAGAACGAAGUCAAUUUUCAUGCUGUUCUCUAUUGCUAAGAAAGUUCCAAAUUCUUUAAUAUAAUUCGAAGAGAUUUCAAAUUGUAUAAUUUCUUAAUAUAAGUAAAUCGGUGCUCUGUUGAACUACCCAACUGAUGGCAAAGUGAGAUACUUUAGGUUUGAGGUUGCCACACGUCCUGUAGCAGUAUAUACUGUUACUGACGCGUAGAAAAUUGUACUGUAACGGAUCUCGAAAGAAGAAAAAAGUUCAUUCAUGCAAUCAAUGUGGAAAGCUUGUUUGAGGGAUUUAAUUGGAAUAGCAUUUUCACUCUUAAAAUGAGAUACAUGAAGUGAACUUUUGUCUCUACCCUGUGUCUUUCGUUGUUACGAAGAUGCUUUUCUUCUCUGCAUGAUAAGAGCACAUUGUCUCAAUGUCUUAGCCAAUAUAUCGUAUCCUAACAAUUUUCUCGAUAAAAACAUAUCUUGAGAAAUGGAAUUUCUUCCCAGAGGCGGUGAAGCGUUUUGUAACUUGACGGAAGAAAGGAGAAAGACGGUGGAGGUCCUAUCAUACAACCAGCGAAAUGCGUUCUUCUAUUCAAACCUCGCGAGAUAAUUGCUGCGCAGCUUUUUGGCGCACGUAAAACUUUAAACCUUAACAUAUUCGAAUUUCCAGAUAGUCACAAUAGUAACAACGACCCUGAUGAAACAAACUCGCGAGAAGAUCACAACAGGAUGCUAAUAAAGCGAUCAGUGAAAAGAACAUGACUCUAAAUUUUUGAUUAAACCAAGUUGCAUUAGCCUUUCUUUCUUUUCCGAAAGUAAAACGUGCGUAAUUGUGUGAAUGGGAGAAGGCUUCCUUCUUCUUUUGGUUGGGGGGUGGGGGGAAUCCCCCGCCCUGGCCUUUAAAAGGUUUGCGUGAUAAAUAAUCUAAGUUAUAUUUUCAAUAUACCCUUUUUUUCGUGAAAAUCACAUGUAGUGUAUGAUUAACUGAUUUAUUGAUUCCAUUUAUCGUUUCUUUAGCGUUUCUCGUUGGAAAACACGCAGCCCUCCCAAACAUUGGUAAAUGUUCUUUCAUGGAAUCCGCUUGCGCUUCUCGCAAAUGCACCACAUCUUUCUACAAAGGACUUCAAAAGGACCCCAAAGGAGACUGCCUGUAAGUUAAUUUAAUUAGCUCUAAACUUUGAGGUGUUUUGUGCAGCGACUGCGAUUCAAACGCAAUACUUUAUCUGUCAAGUGACCUGGUCUGGGGGGCUUCCGAAGGCUUUGUGAGUGGGAGCUGAGGGGGGAAGGGGGGAGGGGAGGGUGAGUCAUAUAUUUACCUGAAAGUUGUGGCAACAGUCGUUCAGACAAAAGGAUGUUAUUAGAAAAAGCCAAACAGAAACAGCCAAUCAGAAAGCGGGAAAACACGAGUGACCCAGUUGCAAUAGGCAACAGCAUACCAGAAGAGUUUACAAGCAUCGGCUGCGAAUGAGAUUAAGAGCGAAUCGAACUAAACUAAACUCAUAAACGGAUUACCUUAGACCCUUACUUAAAAAAUUGCUCUAACUUCAUGAGUUUCUUGUUUUCAUUCCAGUGUUAAAUUUGACCAAGUAAAAGAGUGUAUGCAGAAAUUGGGCAAGUACUGUUUGGACACUCAGCCAGGCAGGAGCAUGAAGAUAAAAAGAGAAUGUGCUGAUGAUCUCACUCUAAGACCGUUUACAUCUUUGGAAAUUUUCAAUUGUUCCAGCUCAGUCACCACUAAAGCGAAAGUCUGCAUGGAAACCUUUCGACGCAUAUUUUCCGCGGACAAAUCGAAUUCCUCUCUUUGCUCGUGAGUUUAUGCAAACCAUUUCUAUUGCAAACAGAAAUCGAAAAAGAUAAUUAAUUUGUGGCAUGGCUGCGGAACAAGAAACAAAUUAGACUCUUGUUACAAGCGUAAGGUGAAAAAAAUCAAUGAUUACCGUCUUGAAUGUAAACCUUAGAUGUUUUGAUUUCCGAGCUGCAGAGAAGAUACGCACUUAUUGGACCAUAUAUCAACUACUAGGUUAAUAUUUAACAAGGCAACGUAUAGGUAUAAAUAAAAUUAAAUUCAGGACCAAGAAUUACUUUUUUCGAAGACUGUUACAUUGUUCAGGAGAAUAAUUAAGACAUUCUUGUCAUUUGUUUCUGAAAAAUUGGCGUGCUUGAAAGCAAAAAAGGUUUAACUUUAUCUAUCUAUCGUUCAGACAUUAUAAAGUUUUGCAAAAAACUGAUAACAAUCUCAGAUUGUGAUUUGUCUUUUUUUCCUCUCAAACCUUCUUCAAAUUGAAAAAGGUUUGAAGGAAAAAAGAGAAAGAUACGAUCGCUUUUGUUUUUGUUCGAGUAUAACAAAAACAAACAAAAUAUUAUAUUUGAUAAUCAUUGCCGGUACGAAAACAAAAUGAAAAUUAUAAGAACCAAGCAAACUUUGGCAAUUGGUCGAGAAUGACUGAAUGGUUAAAAGAGUGGCGUUCACAGAGAGGAGCAAAUCAACAUGCAGCCUCGGAAAAUUUCCGACACUCGUUAAAUAUUGUCCAAUAGGGCAAAAAAAAAAAAUGACGAAAAUAAAGAGACUAAUAAACUUUUGAUGACCUUCAUUGUUUACAGGGAACACGCUAAGUCGAAGAGGUGUCUUAAGGAUCUGAUAUAUACUGAGUGUAGCUUAUCUCCUGAAACGCUGGAAUUGACAGAAUUGGCUUUGGCUGACCACAAUCCUUUCUGCGCUGAUAAUCGGGACCCUGGGGCGACCGGAAAUGACCAGUGCUACGGGGUGAAAGACAUCAGUGGACCCGCCGGCAUUGACGCAUUCCUUAACACCGAUAAACCCAUUACCACCAAUGCAGCUGCUGGCAUCAAAACCAGUGUUUUCCAGGCGUUUUUGUCUGUUUUCCCGACCAUUUGGUUCUUUUUCAGCUUUUAAAGAGAUUACUUACGCAAUCUUUGUUUUUAAACGUACGUUUUUAGGCAAAUUUUAAAAGAAUUUGAGCUGCUAGCUUAUCAAAAGUCUGAAAUGUUUCCUUAUUGUUUGCCUUUUAUUUCAUUAACAAGCACUUUCUAAUUAAAAAGAUCAUUUCCUAAAUCGAUAGUAAUGAAAAUUUGUAUAAAA